AUGCAGGCCGCCGCCGCGUCGGCGCCGGCGCCGCGCCACCGCGUGUACACGGCCGUCGAGCCCCGGUGCGAGUGGGCGCGCGCGGCCGACGCCGACACCCUCGUCGUCGACGUCUCAGGGUUCAUGAAGGAGGAGCUCAAGGUGCUCUACAACACCAGCCGGAAGCUCAAGGUGGCCGGCGAGCGCCCCGUCGGCGACGGCCGCGGCGCGCGAUGGGCGAAGUUUCUCAAGUCGUUCCCGGUGCCUAGGAGCGUCCGUGCCGGCGGCAUCAGGGCCGUGAUGGACAAGGAGCAGGCCGUGCUCUACGUCAUCCUGCCCAAGGGAUCACCACCGCCGCCACCGCCACCACCGCCGUCGUCCAUGGCCACGCAGAAGGAGCCGUCGUCCAUGGCCACGCAGAAGGAGCAGCAGCCCCACGGAGAGCGGAAAGGCGAUGGCUCGUCGGGCAGCAGCAGCAAUGGCAGCUUCUGGAGCGCACAGGAGGAUGCAGAGAAGAACAGGGCUGAAGAGAAGAAUAAUAUGGUGCCUAAGGAGACCAGGAUUCAGAUACAGGAGGAGGAGGAGGAGAUUGCCACACCAGAUGCACCAAGAAACGAUGGUGGUGAUGAUGACAAGAGGUGGUCGGAGAAGCUUACGCCUCUGCAUGCUGUUGGCUUCAUUGUUAUCGUCCUUGCGGUGCUAGGGGUUGGUGCACUGUACGCAACGCUGCUACUCUGAAUCAUGUGUAAAAGACUACAAUUUCUGU